UCUCGUCACGCAGCAGCAUCAGAGCGGAGGACAACCGCACAGAGCGGAGAUACACGGAGCUCAGAAAUCAUCUUAACUGGACUUCAUCUAAUCAUCAGCGGAAGAGAACGCCUCACACCUAAACCGGGACUUUUAUUUGUUUAUGUAAACAUUUAGUUGAGCCUACAAUUAUGCUGCUGUGUUCACUCUGCGGAGAGAGAAGAAGCCAGCCUUAGAAUAAAUUCUCCACACGUUCAACUCCACUGCGGAGGAAAGAAACACUUGUCGUGGACUCUCUCUUCGUCCCUUUUGUUUGUUUGCUAAACCUUCUGGACGCUUCAGCCGGACCUGAUGGAAGCCAGGGGAAAGUAUGAUUUCACUGCAACAGCAGACGACGAGCUCAGCUUCAGGAAGGGCGAUAUACUGAAGAUUUUAAGCCCACAGGAUGAGUGGUAUAAAGCAGAGAUGAACGGACAGGAAGGAUUCGUACCACAAAACUACAUCGAGAUGCAGACUCCGAGGUGGUUUCAGGAGAAUGCCAGUCGCAGCGCUGCAGAGGAAGUCCUCAGGUACAAAGAUGUGGGAGACUUUGUGAUCAGAGGAUGUCAGAGCUCCCCGGGAGACUUCUCCAUCUCUGUCAAACAUGAGAGCGACGUUCAGCACUUCAAAGUGAUGAGAGACCAGAAAGGCCAGUACUUCCUGUGGUCUGAGAAGUUCACCUCUCUAAACAAGCUGGUGGACUUCUAUAAGUCCACCUCCAUCUCUAAAACCAGGGAGAUCUACCUCAACGACGGCAGCGCAGACAAUAAGAGCCCGUCCGGGGUCCAGUCGGUGAAGAGAGGAAGUUUGCCUGAACAGCGCAGCACAGCUACAGCUGCCGUUGCUUCCCCGCGGAGAGCUUCAGACCAGCCCAACAACCAGCUGGCUAAGAGAGCUGGUCUAGAGGAGCGUGCACACACCAUCGGUCACACAGGAAGAAGCAGCCCCAUCACAGCUGCCUAUCCGCCCCGUCGCACAUCUGAAACCAUGCCUCUCCCUCAGAGGGCGUCCACGAUGCAGGUGAAGGCGCUGUACGCCUUCACUGCCGAAGAGGACGACGAACUUGGUUUCAACGCCGGCGACAUCAUCGAGGUGAUGGAUCGCUCCGACGCGUCGUGGUGGAAAGGGAGGCUGCGGGGGAAAAGUGGGCUGUUCCCUGCCAACUACACAAUACAGCUGUGAGAAAACACCCCAGGCGAUGCACAUAGUUUGCCUGCACACGAUCACAGACUCGCUCUGCAGGUGCAUCAUUAUGUGUUUUUGAACACAAACACUGACUCAUCUUAUGUCUGCAGCUUGUGUUCAUCAAGACGUCGGAGCCGAUGGAAGUGUGAGACAGAUAGAGUUUUCAGAUAUUGAUAACAUAUAUGCUGCACAAAGGAGCAGAGACACACCUGCAGGGACUUCCGAAAACCUGGUCCAUAUUCAACUACUGCAGAAUGCAGCGAGGAACGUUUGGUCAUUUGUAUCAUGACAUAUCUGACAGCAAGUAUUUAUUUGCAAAACCCUCUUGACCAGUCUGUUGAUAAAUCGCCUUCAAUCCAACUGUUUCUGCUCGCAUUGUUAGUGGACGCAUAUUUUAUACCAUAAAAAAGUUUUGUAUGAUAAACAAUCAGCAGAUUUCUCAAGAAUGCUUAAAAAAGGUGUGUAACUUCCUCCAAUAAAAUAUAUUUUUGUUAUCA